AAAUAAUGUCUUAUACGGCCCCUCAUACACAGCAGCCUGCGUGCGCUCAGCACGGAGGACAAUACACGCGCGCCGUUACCAGCUGAACUAAAUGAACGCAAUCAGCGCGGAAGCUGGGAACGCUUAAAACGGCGUUUCACCACUGCGUGUGUAAGAACUGAGCUGGAUGACGGCAGUUUCCACGAACUUGGAUGCUAAACUCAAACCACUGCGUGAGUGGGGCUUGGACUAUAAAGGGCUACUGGUUUUUCACCUAUCCCCACUACUACCUACUUCCUACUUCCUACUUCCUAUUUUCAACAAUGUUCAAUAACUUCCAACUACUACCACCUACUGCCAACUACUGUUGCUAAUAAAAGACUUGGAAAGAGUGAAAUCCUUGGUCCAGUCCUGUCCCUUUGCAAGUGUGGGAGCACGCAGUUUACAAAUACACUUGACAGUGAAAAACCAAAGUGCAACAGUGUGAAUCACGUGCAACAGUGUGAAUCACGUGCAACAGUGAAAAACCAAGUGCAACAGUGAAAACCCAAGUGCAACAGUGAAAACCCAAGUGCAUCAGUGUGAAUCACGUGCAACAGUGAAGACUCCACAUAAAGCCCACCACCAAGAGGGAUGGAGAAGACUCCACAAGGGGGCCUGGAGACUUACCUGCCGUCCAUCCAACAGCUAAAGAAAGAGCAGCAUGGCCGAGUCAAAAACACUCGAGGAAUUAAAAGUGGAGCGGACCACAGCAAAAAGACUUUUUUCCCGCUUGACCAAUAACAUUGUGAGGACCCACAUGGAGAUGUCUGUGGAGGAGCUACAGGAAAACUUCAAAAUGCUUUCAAUGGAGGGCUCCAGAGUCAUGGAGGCAAACGAAGACGUGAAAGCCGCAUAUCUGGAACAGCGCAACGCAACAGAGGGCGCACCAGGGCUGAGCGAUCUACAAAGAGCCGACAUAGAAAAGACGGAGAAAGAAUGUGAGCAAAGAUUAAAAGAAGUUAAGCUCCUGAUUCGAGAGACAUUGUGGGCCUCGUAUGGGGAAAAAGAACUGUUGCUGGCGCUUCAAGUUGCAGAGGCAGAGUGUGAGAAUGUCUCUUCCACUCAGCCAGACACGCCACUGGGGGCAUAUGAUUUUAUGCUCACCAACCUUGAGAAGCUGGUGUACAAGGUCAAAAAAGAGCAUCAGAUCUGGAAUCGCUGGGCGCCACCUGCCGAGCAAAGAGACUUUGAUCGCCGCCUUAAAGAGCUAGAGUUAUGCCUGCCCAAGUUGGUGUCAAGGAAGGCUGCCUUCAUUAAAGCAGCAAGCAUCAAAGAGGACACUGAACGUCACCCUGUUACAGCCCACAGCAGUGUAGCAGCUAUAAAGCUCAAAGCCACAGCUCUACCAAAGUUUACCGGCAUUCAACGUGACUAUUACAGAUGGAAGAGAGAAUGGGAGGCUCUGCAGAAGCAAGGGGAACCAACCGGGUCCAGAGAAGUCCGGAAGUUUCAACUGCUCGAUAGUCUCGAAGAGAAGGUGGCCAAAGAUCUACGUCUGUCAACUUACGCAACAGCAGAUGAGAUCUUCAGAGUCCUCGAGAACCGGUAUGGGAACCAGACCGCCAUUGCACUAGAGAUCAUUGAAGAGCUACAAGCCAUUCCACCUGUCAGGGGAAACAACCCGAGAAGAGUUGUGGAGCUGAUCCAAGCUGUUGAAAAAGCGCUCUAUGAUCUGAGUCAACUAGACAGUGCAGAGGCCUUAAAGAACCCCCUAGUCACAAAGUCCAUAGAAAGCAAGCUGCCAGAAAAUCUGAAGAAAGAUUGGUUGACCUAUGCUGCGGACCAGAAAAAUUUUGUGAACCACCAAAAUCGCUUUGAUAAGUUGCUUGGAUUCCUGCAUUCCCAAGAAGCAAUUUAUGAACAAUUAGAGCAACUGAGGGACAUCGACCCUGCCAAAGAGAAGACAAAGGUUGCAGUAAAAUACGCUAGAACAAAGACCACAAAGUCUACUAGUGAAGCAGGCUGCACAAUCUGCGGAGACACAAGACACAAGAAAAAGCUUUACGUCUGCAGAAAAUUUAGGACCUCAAAGCUGUCAGAGAAAAGAGACGCUGUGCAGCAGCUUGGCGCCUGCAGGAGAUGCCUUGAAGUUCAUAAUGGCGAACCCUGCAGAAAAUCCACUUACCUGUGUGGCAACCCAGAGUGCAAAGACCAACACCACUAUCUUCUGUGUCCAUUAUCCAGAGACUAUUCCCAGAGGUCAUCAAAGUCCACGCCAGUGAGAGCAGAAGGAAAGAAAUUCACUGAGGUCCAAGAAGCAUUCUUCUCCAAACUUUCACCUGAGCUGGCCCAGCAGUGUCGAGACGCUUUCUGCAACGUCAUGUCUCGUGCAUACAAAUCUGCUGCAGCUGAGAGGGGCCUUCUGGAGGAGCAUGGCUUACACGAGUAUCCAGUCAUCUUGAUGCUCCUCAAUGUCACUGCCAACGAUGGACAGAGAGUUGGGACUCUCAUUGAUCUGGCUUCUGACACAAAUUAUAUAACGCAUCAAGCUGCAAGCAAGCUGAACCUUCAGAGUGAGAACGUCACAUUAGUGGUCCAUGGCGUUGGAGGAAUGAAGGUGUCCGUUGCAACAAAGCGUUACCUCCUCAAAAUACGUGUGAGCACUCCAAGAGGGACUCUCAAGUCACAUCAACUCAUCUGCUAUGGACUUGAUGAAAUUGCAGAAGUUCAUAGACAUGUUUCAGCUAACAAGCUACAGAGGAUCUUCCCAGAUGUUGCCUUCAAAGACCUCGUGAGACCCAAAGAGAUCCAGCUACUGAUUAGCCACAAAGAAGGUCAGCUCGUACCUCAGAAAGUUCGCUCAAUCGGUGAUCUGGUGCUCUGGGAUGGCCCACUAGGCAAGACGGUCGGAGGCACGCACCCGAACCUCUUUGAGGAAGUUACUGUAACAGCUCAUACGUCAAAGACUCACUUUGCAAGAUCCAUGAGAACUGCGGCUGUUAAGUACAAUGAACUUACUUCUAAAGAGUCAGUUUCCCGUCAGUACACUAACCAACCUGAGGUCCAGUCCAAUACAGCCACCAGCAGCAAAGAGUUCCUAAAAUGGUGGAAAUGGGAGUGUAUUGGAGCCGCCAAAAUGUGGAGGUUGCCGCUGCGGGAACUGCCAGCCUGGAGGAAAAGAAAUGACACUCGCUGAAGAAAGAGAAAUGGAGAUC